GUGCGGAAGAGCCCCUACGUGCAGACUGUGAUGCAGCUGGAGCAGCGGCUGAUGUCGGGGGACUAUGAGGCGGUGAUGCAGCAGCAGCAGCAGCAGCAGCAGCAGCAGCAGCAGGGGUGUCUGCCGCGGUCUGCUGCAGUGUUUCUGACGCAGCUGACGAAGACAGUGCGGCUGCUGGCAGCAGCAACUUUGGAAGUGGCUUACGACUCCCUGCAUGUUUCCCGAGUUGCUGCUGUGCUGCAGCUGCCUGCUGCUGAUGCUGCUGCUGCUGCUGCUGCUGUUGCUGCUUUCUGCGAAGAACAAAACAGGCGCCGGCGGCAGCGGGAGGCGCUGGAGUCGCAGCCGAGCGGGGCCUCCUUCGAGUUUGCUGCUGCUGCUGCUGUUGCUCAAGAACGCAGUGGACCACUGGGGGUCCACUGGUCACUUGUGGGCGACAGAGUUUUCUUCAGGAAGCCGCAGCAGCAGCAGCAGCAGCAGCAGCAGCACUGCUCCUUCCACGCCACCCAAGUUGCUUCCCACCUCAUCGCAGCAGCAGCAGCUGCCGCUGGUGAUGCUGCUGCAGCAGUAUCAGCUGGAGCUGCAGCAGCUCCAGAAGCUGCAGCAGCUGCAGCAGCAGCACGUGCAGCAGCAGUAUCAACUACGGCUGCAGCAGCUCCGCGAGCUGCAGCAGCACUUGUAGCUGCAGUAUCAUCUGCAGCUGCUAGAGCUGUAACAGCUCCACAAGCAGCAGCAGCUGCUGCAGCUGCUGCUGCAGCAGCUGCUGCAGCUCCACAAGCAGCAGCAGCUGUUGCAGCUCCGCAAACUGCAGUAGCUCCAGCAGCAGCAGCAGCAGCUGCUGCUGCUGCAGCAGCAGCAGUAGCUGCAGCAGCAGCAGCUGCAGCAGCAGCAGCUGCAUCAGCAGCAGCUGCAGCAGCAGCUGCUGCUGUUGCAGCUGCAGCAGCAGCUGCUGCUGUUGCAGCUGCAGCAGGCCAUGCGAACAAUAGGCGCAUGGAAAGAAAGGGCGAAGCGGGGGUUAAUGGUGAUGCACAAAAGUUGAAAAAGGCUUUUUAG